AUAACCUGCUUAACACGUCCGUCUACAGCAGACAGCCUGAAAGACGUUUCUCUGUUCUUCAGAAAGCGGGUGUAAAGAGAGAAGUUGGCAACAUGUCUGAUAAACGCAUGUCCAGCAGUAAAAAACAUGCUCUUAAGGGCAUGAUGCUCCUGGUUGCAAAAGACCUGCUGGAGGCAGAAGAUAUUGAGAAAAAAGAGGAGAGAAAGAGGUACAUGGAGGAAAACUGCCCACCAUUAUCAUACCCAGGCUCCAAAGACGAACUCCAGGCCCUUUGCAGAGACUUACACGAAAAAAUUGAUGUUCUCGAUGAGGAGAGAUACAAUCUAGAGCACAAAGCCAUCAUGGUCGUCAAUGAGGUCAAAGAUUUAAACAUCAAAAUCAUCGACCUAAAGGGCAAGUUCAAGAAGCCUCCUCUGAAGAAAGUGCGCAUGUCGGCCGACGCUAUGCUUCAGGCUCUGCUGGGAUCCAAACACAAGGUGUCCAUGGACCUGAGAGCCAACCUGAAACAAGUCAAGAAGGAGGUCAAAGAGGAGGAUAAAGAACUGCGUGAUGUUGGUGACUGGCGUAAGAACAUUGAGGAUAAGUCUGGCAUGGGGGGCAGGAAGAAGAUGUUUGAAUCUGAAGCAUGAAGACAGUUUGUGACAGUCGAUGAUGGUCCAUCAUCUCUAGUACUACACACAGUUUCUGCAGUAUAUGGACAAUUGCACAUAUAGUCCAUAGAAAUGCAAAUCAUUUUCAAAUGAAACAAAACCAAACAUUAUAUUCUCUUCCUGUUCAGGGAACUGUAAAAUUUUAGUCGUUGUUCAUUAAAUGCUUGUCAAAAUUAUGCUUUUUCUAAAUAAAUAACUCAACAC